AUGCCACACUCCUCGAACGAUCAAGUGUACCGCACGUCAACGUCGUGGAUUCGCAAAAGAGUCGAAAUCAGACUGCACAUUCGUAAACAAGAGAUGCCACGACUGCAGACGCUCUGGACACAAGCGAUGAUUCUGCAAAAAUUUCCCGGAGAAGAAGAAGCGGAAUUCGAAACAGAAGCGGAAAUUGAUGGGAAGACAGUAUGCAUGCACCUUGAUACUGGAGCAGACGUAACAUUUCUGAGCACUGCAGACUGGACCGCCAUGGGUCGACCGAAGCUGCAAUCACCCCGUUUGACACGGAAGUCUGCCAACAACGAACCGAUCAACGUUCGUGGAUGCUACGAAUGCAAUUUCAUCAUUGAUGGUCAUCGAGGAUAUGGUACUUGUCAUGUAGCCGACACGCCGUCGCUGACGCUCAGCACCUUGAAUUGUUCUCUCGCAACGCACCUGAGGAAGAAGUUCGCAGCAGUCUUCGCUCCUGGACUGGGAUGUUGUACAAAGUCAAAGGCAAAACUCGCUCUGAAGCCUGACUCCAAGCCUGUCUUCCAGAAGGCUCGCCCGGUGCCCAAUGCUGCGAUGCAAAGGAUUUCAACCGAAAUCGAUCGGCUUGUAUCUAUACAUGUGCUGGAGCCCGUUGAUCACUCAGAAUGGGCAGCACCCAUCGUCGUCGUUCAGAAGAAAAAUGGAUCGAUCCGCCUCUGCGCAGACUACUCAACCGGACUGAACGAUGCACUGGAACAAAACCAGCAUCCGCUUCCAACCCCAGAGGACACUUUCACAAAACUCAACGGAGGACGCUACUUUUCACAGCUCGACUUGGCCGAAGCAUAUCUCCAACUUGAAGUGGACGACGUCUCAAAGCAGCUACUCACUAUCAACACGCACCGUGGACUGUAUCGCUUUAACCGAACACCAUCUGGAGUGGAACCAGCUCCUGGUAUAUUCCAACAAUGUAUGAAUGCUCUUAUCGCUGGAUUAGAUGGAACUGCUACCUAUCUCGACGGCUUAUUGAUUCCGCGUAAACUCGACAAAUGUGCUUUCCUGAAGACGGAGAUCACUUACCUUGGGUUCGUCAUCAACGCACAAGGGCGACGUCCCGAUCCUGAGAAGAUCAAAGCCAUCCAGAAGAUGCCCGCUCCGGAGGACGUCAGUCAACUUCGCUCUUUUCUGGGACUCAUCAAUUUCUACGGAAACUUCGUCAAGGAUCUCCACAAUCUACACGCUCCUUUGGACGCUCUUACGAAAAAGGAUGUUGUCUACACAUGGACACCGGAGUGCCAGUCUUCUUUCGACAAGAUCAAGGCAAUCCUGAGCUCGGAUCUUCUGUUGAUCCACUUUGACCCAAGUCUCCCGAUCAUCGUUGCCGCUGAUGCUUCAAAUUAUGGGAUGGGAGCAACCUUCUUACAUUGCUUCGCAGAUGGAUGA